UGCCCAGGUGUGGGCUCUGGGGGGAGGACUCCCUCUGGGCCUGGAGUGUGGAGUCUGAAUGAGGGCCUUGUGGGGGCCCUGGCUGGGGAGAGUGAGGUUCUGCAGCAGGCUUGGGGCUGGGCUGCGGGAAAGGGUGGAUGGCUCCCAGUCCCCAGGGCUCAUCUACACCCCUGAAGGAGGAGGUGGGUCAGCAGAGACGAGACCUGACCUGACCGCCUGGGACAGGAAGCCCCUCUUAGACCACAGCCCUUCCUCCAACCCUGCCCUAGUGUAAUUUGACACUCAGUCAUUUGUUCCGCCCUCCUGGUACCCAGCCAAUUCCCGAUUUCCCCAAAGCCAGGAAAAGGAAACUUCAGAGAAAACGAAACUACUUGGGAAAGAAAAGGCCCACUGAGCACUGUCCAGCCGUCCGGACCGCUGCUCGCUCCAUCCUGGCACCAUGAACCGCACUUUCCAGACCUUUGUCAGUGGCGCCCACACUGGUGUCCCCCCGACCUAUGAGAUGCUCAAGGAGGAGCAUGAGGUGUCCGUGCUGGGGGCACCGCAGAGCUCAGCUCCCGUGACGACCACUGUGAUCAACAUCCACAGCGAGACGUCUGUGCCCGACCACAUCGUCUGGUCCCUGUUCAACACGCUCUUCAUGAACUGGUGCUGCCUGGGCUUCGUGGCCUUCGCCUACUCCGUGAAGGUGGGUGGGUACGUGGGGGCAUCUCCAGAAAGUGUGUGUCAGCAUGUUAGGUCCCCACCCAGAUGGCACCUGGGUUGUGGGGGGGGCCUU